AUGAAUACGAAUGAGGUUGAUGAAGAAAGAGAUCAGGUGAUAGCAGAAACACCAGUUGGAGGCCGUAUCUUGGUGAGUGGAUCUGGGUCCGAAUUUAGAACUCUGAACGAACGAACCCCGUCAAGGGAUGGCCGAGGAGAUCCAGAUUUCUGGGAAAAUUCGGGGAGCCGACGGCGCUACGAUAGGAACAGAAUGGACGAUGAUAACCUUAUUUUCCAAAACAGUAGCUUUCGCGAAGUUAGACGGAGCGCAAACGCGAAAUUUGACCAAAAGAGUACCCCAAAAACUCCUGAUCUAGACAAACUAAAAAGAUUCUUUAAAAACAGAGACAAAUCGAGGCAAGGAAGUCUGAUUUCCAAGUUACAAAGAUCUCCAGACGAUACUCCAGAAUUGCAGCGUGGACGGCCGGAUUACCAGUUGCAACAGAUUUCUGCUGAGCGACUGGUUGACAAGUUUCGACGAAAUCAAGUGGACAACAGUUUUGGUACAGAUAUCGAAGAAGAAAUGGAUUCUACGAUUAAGGGUCCUGAAGGCUUUUCUGUAUCCAAAGUAUCUGAUGUGGAUUUAUUGCAUUUGGUUGAUGAUUCGCCCUCCAGACAAACAACGAGCCUCGUAGCCUCUGAUUCUAGAAAUCCAGUAAGCUGCACAAAAACGCAACCAUUGCGUGAGGGCAGUGACAUGUUCAUAUCUGCUACAGACUCGAGUGGGAUCUAUGGAAAAUAUCAGUUUACUGAGGAUAACGGACGGGACCGUACAAAAACAUCGGGAUCUGCAGAUGCCAAACAGACGGUGACUACUGAGAACCAAGAAAUGCAGGAGGCUUCGGAUUCUAAGCUUUCUCUGACGGAUCACACGACACCAGGGAUUGUGAGCACUUUGGAGCCUCAAGGGUUACGUCCAUCCAUUUCUGGUCAACAAUAUCUGAGUGAACAGUCGAGAGAGCUUGCGGCCAUUGAAGAUCAAAGCACACAAGUGAUUGAAUCAUCUGCGCGUGAUCCAUAUCCCAGGUCAGCUACGCAAAUGGUAGACACAGAACAAAUAGGCUCAGCAUUAAGCCCAACUGUGGCAACCCAAGCUGACAGAACACAACAAUCACCUUCAGAAACAUCAAUGCUAACCUUGCUCAAAGACACACCAAAUGCGGGAGACAGAAUUGGCAAUGUAACGCAGGUGAUAGAAUCUCCUUUUAUAAAUGGCGAUAAAAAAUUACCAGAACUGUUUCCUAUAUCAGAGGACAAGGAUUUUCAUGCUUCGCCUUCAACCAAAGCUUGCUCCGCGUCGUCUGAAGUUGACAUCAAGCCCUCCGAAUAUGAUAACAAAGUUAGGCUGCGAUUUUCUAAUAAAGCAGAUAAUAGGGGCACACCUACCGAAGAUUCUAUUGAUAGUAGUCAUCUUAUUGUAAUGAGCGACAUGGAUGUAACUCAAGAGCUACCAGAAAUUGAGGAGACGGCGGUAACUGAGAAACGGACUCAAGCACGGGCUUCAGACAAAUCAGGAUCUGAUAGGAGUGGAAAAAAUUCUCAACAAAACUCGGAUGUCCGAGGAACUGAAGCGCAAUUAGAUGAUUCACAAGAUAUCGUGAGAAAUCGCCGUGAGUUGCUUAUCACUAGACGCCGAAAAACCGCUGAGAAUGAAACUCAAGUGGAUGAGAAACAGUUAGCGACUAAUGAGCAGAAGCAUGCUAAUAAGCGCCGAAAGACAAUAAGUUAUGAUUCUUCAGCAUUGUUCGCGAGUAAAACCCCUAAUAGAAACACGAAACAGGACAACGGGGAAAUUGAUAGAAGUUUUGGAACUAAAUUAACCGAAAGCAAGGGAAAGCGUUUCGAACCGAGAACCCUUACUAGCGAUGCCAAGCUUUUAUCUCGAGAUGACAUCGUAUGUGAAGACGCCAUAUGGUGUCACUAUAGCGUUAAUUUCUUCUAUUAUCCGGGGAAACUCUUGCGAGUAGAUGGCUCAAGCAAUAGCUGUGAAGUUUUGUUCGAAAGCGGUAUCUCAAAGGUUGACCAAGACGAUGUCUACUACUUGGAUUUAAAAGUUGGAGAAACCGUAAGAUGGAAAUCUUCGGCAUAUGUCAUAGUUGCACUGGAAUGUACAUCACAAGCUGAAGAUACCAUAAGAUGCGUUAGAGGAUACGACACUCUUCAUUUGAGAAAGAAGUUUCAAAGUGGCAAACUCGAGAAGGAGAUAAUUAGAAUUCCACUAUCAUCGAUUACUUUAGGGCUUGGGGAAUGGGCGAAAAGGUCCAAGAUUGUACUUUUGGACAAGAGUGAUUAUAAAGCAAGUGCGCUUAAUGAACUUCAGUAUCCCAUCCGAGGCCGGAAAAACACUAUGCUAGUAACGCCGGUGACUCCUACCAAAAAGAACGGGGAAAGGACGUUUUCAGCAGAUCCGGUGGACGCUGAACAAUACGAUAAGACUAUGGGCAAUGAUUUGAGGACUUCCUUUCAAGUUUCAAUCAAAAAAACAGAUGCAACCGAUUCACUGCCAAUUUUUGACCAAUGUCUCUUUCUAAUGACUGGAUUUACCGAAAACCGUCGUCGUGAAAUCUCUUCGUUAAUAGAGCAACAAGGCGGAGUUGUGUGUGACGAAAGUUUUUCCAGUCUUUUUACAUUCGAUGAGAUAACAGUCCCCAAAUUUCGCGAUGAGCGACUGGGUUAUUUCAAAUUUGCUUGUCUCAUCACCGAAAAACACUCACGAAGCCUGAAAUACCUCGAAACUUUAGCGCUAGGCUGGCCCCCUCUCCAUUGGAAAUUUGUUGACCGAUGCAUAACUUAUGGAAAGCUUGAUAUUCAUAGUAUCCAUCAGUUUUUACUUCCGGCAGGAGAAAGUCAUCGACUUUCGGUUGAUUUGAAGAACAAAUGUGGUGUUGUCAAGUCGAGCGAUGUCUUCUAUUUCUUCACGAAUCUUCUGAGUGAAGUCAAGUUAAGCGAACAGCUGUUAGGUCGUCCAUCUAGAAUGAGCAAUUUCAGCGUGAUAAUCUGGGGUCACUCCGAAUUAGACGAUUUUGUUGAGUUCGUUUUCCGAAUUUUGAAAGUGAAGUUUCUCAGAUUCAUUUCUAAACAGGCAAAGAAUCGAGACCUACCAAAGGACGAGGAACAGUUCGACAGUAAGUACGCCUACCAACGCCUUGACGAAGUGUUAACCUCCAUCCAUGUGUCCGAAAAAGCUGAAGACAUUCUAAUAUAUCUCAACGAAAGACACUUCAAACCUAAUACAGCGACCCAAGUCCGACGGGGACUUCAAUCAUCAUGGAACAAGUACUCAACUCGCGCCGGCGUGAGAAUAGAAGGAAAAGAAUGGCUUAUACAAACGGUUAUAAAUGGUGACCCAGGAUUCUUGGAUUAA